CGGAGUAUGGACUUAUAUUAAGAAAUAAACCUUAAGUUUUUAAUAAAUCAAGAGAUUUUUUUAAGAAAAAAAGUAGAAUUCUUAAUAAAUAUGUCAGAUAUUAUUGAUGUUGAAGCUUUAGUAGAAGCACCAUAUCAAAAAAAUGGACAAGAAGGACAACAGAAAAAUGGAGAAAGGAAUAAAGAUGGAGAAAGAAGACGAAAUGAUGAGUCAGAAACAAGAAAAAGAUCUCGAUCUAGAAAUUUAUCGAGUUCAAGAAGUCAUAAUAGAUCAAGCAGUAGAGAAAGGUCUAGAAGGAGUAGAAGAGAAGAUCAUGAUGAAUAUAGACAUAGGGAUUAUCAUUAUAGAGAUGGGGAAAGACAUAGAAGGUCACGUGAGGACGAGCAAGAGUCUAGAAAAUAUGAAAGAAGUCGAUCACGAGAGUCUAAAAAAUGUCGACAAUCUGUUAGGUAGUUUUUAUUGAUUGAUUUUGUUUAAUAAUUUUAUUUUUUUUAUGCAUUUUUUUAAACAAAGGAUGAACAGGGAAGAGUCUCCGAAAUUAACAGAAGAUGAGAGAGAUAGAAGAACAGUUUUUGUACAGCAGCUGGCAGCACGACUUCGUACACGUGAGUUAAUUGCAUUUUUUGAAAAAGUGGGGCCAGUUAGAGAUGCACAAGUUGUAAAAGAUAGAGUGAGUGGACGAUCCAAAGGUGUUGGUUAUGUAGAGUUUCGAGACGAAGAAUCUGUCCAUAAGGCUAUUAAUAUGACAGGACAGAGACUUUUGGGUAUUCCUAUUAUUGUUCAGCUUACAGAAGCAGAAAAGAAUCGACAGGCAAAAGCAGAUGCUAUGAUAACCACGGGAGGACGUCAAAGCGAUGCACCGUUUCAUCGUCUUUAUGUUGGAAAUAUUCACUUUAAUUUAACAGAGGAUGAUUUACGACAAAUUUUUGAGCCUUUUGGAGAGCUCGAAUUCGUUCAAUUACAAAAGGAACAUGAUACGGGAAGAAGUAGAGGUUAUGGAUUUGUCCAAUACAGAGAUCCUGCACAAGCUAGAGAUGCAUUGGAAAAAAUGAAUGGUUUUGAAUUGGCUGGGCGUGCUAUCCGUGUAGGUCUUGGAAAUGAUAAAUUUAUUCCAGAAACGUCUUCUGUUUUAGCACGUUUUUCGGGAUUCACGGGCUCCGCAUUUGAAAAUAAAAGCCGGGGUGGAACUGAACGUAUUGGAGGUCCUAGAGAUGGCUCUAGCAGCAUUAGUCUAGACGAUAAUGAAGCUGGUGGUGUUUCUUUCAAUAACAUUUCACGAGAUGCUUUAAUGAAAAAGCUUGCAAGAGAGGAAGGAAAAGAGUCUAUUGGAGUAAUUCCUCCUAAACCAAUGCCAAGUGUUCAAAUGACUAGUCGUUGUGUUCUUCUUAAAAAUAUGUUUAAUCCACAAGAAGAAAGUGGUGAUAACUGGGUUCGCGAGCUUGAAGAGGACGUAAAAGCUGAAUGUGAAAAUAAAUAUGGCAAAGUUUUGCAUAUACAUGUUGAAGAAAAUAGUCCGGGUGAAGUUUAUAUAAAAUUUGACAACGUAGUCGCUGGAGAAAGAGCCAUUCAAGGAUUAAAUGGUCGAUGGUUCGGCGGAAGAACAGUUAGUGCAAGCUUUCUCAUUGACGCAGUAUAUACAGCAAAAUUUCCAAAAACAAAAAAUUUAUAAUAAGGA